AUGGAUUCUGCCCCGUUUGCAAACCUCCCCAACAAGCCCGAUGCUUGGAGGCUUGAUCUGCCAACCUACACUGGACAAACGGAGACAACAUUCUUUGCAGCUGACGGAUUUCAGAAAGAAUCUGAAUCUGUCAUCGAGCAAGUAGUCCCUCCGUUCGCUGUGGUCGAUCAUCAAGCUCCCGGCAUGAGCCGCUACAUCGUCAAGAUCGAGUCGCGUUUCAAAAACAAGAAGACCGGCCUUGACAUUUGGAAGAUUGGUGCCGGAUGGCUUAUCCGUCCUGAUCUUCUCGUCACCGGGGGCGACGUUGUGUAUGAUACCGAGUACCAGCUCGGUGCCGCUACACAGCUCAAGUGCUACAUUGGCUAUCGCGGCCGCGACUCGCCGGAGAACUCGCAGAUUCAGUCGCGGUACGGUCGAAGUGUUGUCACUUCGGCUGAGUGGACUGAUCAGCUGGGUGCGCGCUCGCGAGACAUUGCCUUUAUUCAGGUUACCGAGCCGUUUGUGAUUGAUAUUUGCACCUGCAACUCCCUCGAGGAUGUCAAGAUCGACGUGCCUGAGCUUGUUGAUCCUGUCCCCCAACCCGAGGAGGAACCCGUCAUCCCGGUCAUCCCCGAGAUUGAAGAGACGCUCAAUCUUACUGUGACCCACUGCAACGGCUGCGGCGGCUCUUGCGGCUCAGUUACCCCGAUCGAGGAGCCUCAGAUUCAAGAGGAGCCCAAGUCUGAAGAAGAAACCCCUGCUGUUCCUUCAGGCAACACGGAGACUGAUUUCGAGAUCGUUGAGGAAAACACCCCGACAACAUCGGAGGAGGACGCGAGCAACGACACUGACAUCUUUUACGAGGUGCUCAAGACCGUCGCCAGUCUCGAGUCUCUCGAGAGCACUUCACCCUUGCUUGAAUCGGCCAGCGAUUCCGUCAGCAUCACAGCUGGAGCUUUGCUCAGCUACAUCGUCGGGGCUGAGACCAUCUCCAGUGGCGCUGCCACAAAGAUCUCUGGCGCCGCAGAGCGCGCGUUGCUUGCCGAGGCGUCUCUCGAGGCGGUCCUGGCAAUUGAGGAGUCUCCCGAGCUGGAUGAGAUUCUCGAGCACAUGCAAAAGAACUGGAACGAAAACGCACCCAAGGUUGACGAAAGUGCGGGCCUUCUCGUUUCUUACCUCAAGGAAGCUGCCCGCGAUAUUGCCUCGUACUGUGAGACGGACAACAAUGAAGUUGGGCAGUCCACCAAGCGCAAGCGUCGCGCCCUGGCCAUCAGAAACUUUCCAGGACUCAACACCAACGACACUGGCAAGGACUUUAUCAAGGGCCUGUUUGGGCCAACCCUUCCCCUCGCUGGCCGCGAAGAAGUCUUUUCUUCUCUCGGUCCUGUCUUGAGGAGUGCCAUCUCUGCAGUUGAGCAGCUUGUCUCCCAGGCUGGUCAGACUGCUGUAGCUGAACGUGGGCUAAAGUUGCUUGAGAAAGCGACGAGCCGCGGCGCUGAGCUGGCCUCUGAGAUUGACGAAGAAGCAUCCCGAGUCCUCCUUCAGCGUGCCAUUAUGGCAGAUGCCGCCUUGCAGGCACUUUUCAGCCUGUCCAAGGAGAAGCUUGACGCUUUGAAGCUCAUCCCUCUUGGGGAGGUCCCCGUUGAGGAGGACAUCUUUGACUUCCUUAAGAGAGUGGUUCAGGAUCGAGGACCUCUUGCCCUCUACCCUGCUAAGCACGCAGUCAAGAAAUUCACCCCACUUCUCAUCGACGCUCCUAUCAAGUCUCAGACUCAGUCAGUUCAACAAGUCACUGUCAAGACUACCACACAGAGACUUGUGCUGCGAGAAAUGCUCCGUGGAGCUAAAUCCUCUGUCAUUGCUCUGUAA